UGAAGGUUCACUUCCUGAGAGUACUUCCUCUGCCAUUAAUGGGGAAACUUUAAACUUCACACUCACAUCAGCAAUUGCCAGAUAGCCAUGGAGAACCUGACCAUUUCCAACAGCUCUCUGUCUGCCCGGACCUCAGCAGAUGUGCUAGCUGCCAGCACUGUUCUGGGAUUGUGCUGUGUGCUGGGUGUACCUGGUAAUAUAGUGGUGAUGGUGAUGCUUACCCAACAUUUAAAGGAGGGCAGCUUCACCCCACAACUGAUGCUGAGUCUGGCUGUGUCCGACCUACUGAGUCUGAUUACUCUGCCUGUGUGGAUCUACGCCUUACUGAAUGGCUGGAUUUUUGGCCAAGGUCCAUGCAAGGUAUUGUCGUAUAUUGUGUACUGGAGCCUCUACAGUAGUGUACUGUCCGUCAGCUUGUUGAGUGUGCAGAGAUACCUACAGGUGCUGUAUCCACAGCGAUGGGCCAAGCUCGGCACAAUGGGACAAAAGGGGCUGAUUUUUGGUAUUUGGACAUUAAGUGGAACUUUGGCUUCUUAUUCUCUUUUUUACCGAAGUGUUGAGGUGAAGGAGGAUGGGCACCAACACUGUCAUCAAGCUUACAGCAGUAAUCUAGAAAAAAUUAUUGUCCUACUUGUAGAGACUCUUGUAAUGUUUGUUGUACCUAUCUUCAGCCUUGUCUGCUUCUACUUUCGACUUCAUCAACGGAUAAGUCAAUCAUCUUUUUUCAACAGUCACAGGCUGACUAAACUGGCAGUCAGAAUCGUAGUGGUUUUCUUCAUAUUCAGCACCCCCUAUAUGAUCAACAACUUGGUCAUAAUCUCGAGCGCUCAGAUGUGGAUACAGAAAGCAAUCAGACCAGCCACAUCCCCAUCAGAACGAAACUGAGUAAACACAUUUUCACAGCAGCGCCUAGUUUCUGUCUGUAAAAUGUGUGCAUAUGUGACUAUAUUUCUGUUUGCUCAUUAUGGUGUAAAUCGUGUAUAUGAUUAAAGAGUAUUGAGUGCAUUUAAUGGUAUUCUAUACAUAGUAAAAAGUGAAAAUGGGCUGUUGUCACCUUAAGGAGCGAUUUCUACCUGAUCUCACCCUUAAAAUUACUUUCGUAUGUGUAACCUAAUGUAGUCCUGUUGAUUUGGUCACAUUGAAGAAUAUUUUGGACUUGACUAAAACAAUUUAAUUUAGAUAUUAGCAAAUGGAGCACAUUUUUACAUUAUCUGACAAAACAUUUUUACAUUUGUGUGAUUUUAUGUGUGUUUGCUUGAUUUGUGUACUUAUCUUUUAAAGGGAACAUAUCACACCCUGUAUACAGCAUGUUUCCUCAACUUGCAAACUUUCCAGUACACUUCCACUUUUCAAACAAUAUCAGAAAUAAAAGCUGGGUAGCUCUGCAACAAGGCUAGCAAAGACAACCAAGACUAGAGUAGCUUCUGCUAUUUGUUUUCAGAAAUCGUGGCUCUCAGAAAGUGAAGGUUUUAAAAAAGCCUUUUAUAGUAAGCUUUCAGCUCCCCUCGAAAAGGGGGAAGCAGUGUGGUAUUGAUGAGGCAGAUACACUCCUCUUGCUCUACUGACCUCAGCUGUAACUGAGGGAUGGCCUUAUUUGAACACUGAACAGCUCAAUAAAGGAUCAUUAAUCCCUUAGAAGAGAAGGAGGAUGCCAACAAAGACAUGUUAUUCUACUGUUGUCAUUUAUUACCUGAAGUUGACUAAAUAAAGCCUUUGUUCUUGG